UGUUAUUUCAUCCACCCGUUCCUACCAAUACUAUUCGCCGCCAUCUUGUGAUUUGAUACUUCUCAUAUUGAUUUACCGAAAUAAUAAUUAAAAUCUUCUUUAUAAUUUGAUAAAGAGUGCCAGAUAACAUUAUUUAAUCAUGUUAUUUCUUGAGAUUGAUAAAUAAGCAUCCUACCCUCUAUUAGUUUGAUUUCAAACUGUCGAACUAGCCAACCUCCUCAGUAGCGUGUUCCUUGCUGUUGAAAUCGGUUCAUUUUAUAUUCUUUUUCUGAGAAAAUAAUUGAAUAAUAAGUUAGUCUUUACGUUAAUUGUAAUUUCACUUUUUACAUUUUAUAAUGGUGCAACUACACAAUAUUGCGAUACCUCCGCCCGUGCUGUGGGCUCAGCGAACGAACUGUGUAUUCCUGACUAUUUGUUUGGAAGAUUGUAAAAACCCCGAUAUAAAGAUGGAAAACGACAAAGUAAUUUUUAAUGGGGUGGGUGGAACCGAAAAGAAACCUCACGAGUUAACCAUAAAUUUGUUUAAGGAAAUCGACCCAGAGAAAUCUGCCAAAUUUGUUAGAGAUAGGAACAUAGAAAUCAUCUUGAAGAAGAAAGAAGAAGGACCAUACUGGCCCCAUCUGACGAAAGAAAAGGAGAAGCAUCAUUGGUUGAAAGUGGACUUUGACAAGUGGAAAGAUGAGGAUGACAGUGAUGAUGAAUUUGGAAGCGGCCAACCAGAUGACCUUGAUGAGAUGGUGCGAUCGAUGGGUGGACUGGGCGGCGGCGCAGGCAUGGGCAAGGAGUCGUUAGACGACCUGGACGUGGAGGAGCCAGACUCGGACGACGAUCUGCCCGACCUCGAGUGAACACUCCCAGCCGACCGCGAUACUAUGGUCUUCGAAAGACAUUCUAUUAUGUGUUUCCACGAUUAGGUUCGACAUUGUGUUUUUUUUAUUAUAGCUCUUCAAUUCAACAAGGACGAUAUUAUUAUUAUUCACGAUUUAGUGAUCAUCCCAAAGGUCUGUCAGAAAGGAUUUCUUCUUUCAAACGCAGAAAUUGAGCAUUCAUUCCAAAGUGAUGUGACUUUAUCCCUUUUACUAUCUGAAAUCACCUUAACGGUUCUGUCUCAACUAAUCACAUUAUUGAAGCUAUUUUUAUUCGAUAGAAAUAAAUUUACUUUGAGUGUCUUGAGAGUCGUAGUGUAGCAAGCGUUUUUGAUAUUAUCCGCCAUUUGCAUUCCCUACAAAUAAAAUGAAUUGUGGCCUUUUUUGGAUUGCUGGAUAAAUUCAUAUUUAAUUGUCUCCAUUGCUCUAUAUGAUAUUAAAAGCAUAGCAAUAUUAUUAAUUUUAUUUACUUGUAUGAGUAUUAGUACCGAAAAUACGAUAUUAGGCAACUUAUAAUGUAACCUUUCGCAUCACAAUCUAAGUAUAUUAUGGAGUUUUUUAAGUCACCGAAUCAAAUAUCAAAAUAUCUAACCCUUACUACUUUUGUGGUUUGUCUAUUUAUUUUUUUAGUUUUACUAGUUAAAUUUAUCCCCUGAGAUAUUACAUUUUGUACCUCAAAAUAUUCACAGUUAUUAAUGAAGUAAGUUUCAAUGAAAUUCUUUUUUAGUAGGGAGAUAAUCUGCAAGUUAUUUGCAAGGAUGGUCAGGUCUCCCUGUUCUCUGGUUACUUUUUGAAGCUCAUGACAUCUGUUAUUAUAUUUUAAUGAAUUGAGUAUAAUUGUUAAUUUAGUUCAAUUCUAUGAUUUGCAGUAAGUUUCUAAUUUGGAGCUUUUUUGUACAAUCAAUAAAAAUAUUAUAAUUCUCGAUUGGUUGGUUCUCAUUUUAUAAAUCUUGAUAUUAAAGAAUUUCUCAAAUUUAUUAAAUUAAAUAUAAUUUGUAGAUUGUUCACCGACAUUUAGAACCUGCACCAUUAGGAAUUUGUGAUAAUAUAUGAUCAUUUAUCGCUUUUGUAGGAAAUUCGAAAAAGCAUAAUCUGGUGUAAUAGUUUUUGAAUGAUUGAAUCUGUUCAACUUCUAGUAAAAAACAUGAAAAAUAUCUAUAAUUUUAUAGGUGACAUUCCAUAGUUUACUCUUUCUUGAUUAAGUAUUACGUUGUUUAAAACUCGUGAUAUUUUUAUAUUCAUAUAAUUGAAGGAAUGUUUGAAGUAAAAUAAUCAAGAAAUUGAACAAUAAUCGGAUAUUGAUUCAAUCAUAAUAUUUAUAUCACAUCUAUGAUGUGUUGUUACAUUCAUAUUUAUCCAGUAAUGCAAUAGUGUUAAGCGAUUCUAACGCAAAAUAUUUAAAAGCAAUACAUCCUUUUAAACUCUGUUAUUCUCAUGUAUAUAUCCUGUCUUGAUUUUGUAAUUGAAUUAAUUUUUGAGAAUAAAAAUGUGAUUCGCAUUUAGA